CUCACGAGCAAUAUCCAGAGAGUAAUCCUUAUAAAAGAAAAAAUUCAGCUUUCCUCUUGCCAUUGCAAUAUCCACAGCAAAAUCCAAAUAGCAAUAUGGCAUCUCUGCCCCUCACUCAGCCACUCACGAUCACUGGUUCCUCCACUACCACUUCCUUGUGUCCUUUCCCUCGUAACAACUCUAUCCUUAACACCAAACGCAGAGAAGCCCACGUAAGGAGAUCACUCUCAAGCAAUGCCGGUUCCGAAGAGGCAUCAUCACAAUGGCCUCAACUCGGAAAGGUCGACCGGAGGAAUGUGCUCCUCGGCCUCGGUAUUACCGGGGUUGGAUCCAACCCUCUCGCCAUGGCGGACCCAAUAGCCGCACCAGACUUGACUAAAUGUGGCAAUGCUGAGUUGUCCGACGGCACUGUCCUACCAGUCGACUGUUGUCCACCAACAGCCUUAGAGAUCAUAGAUUUCAAGCCACCACCUUUUACGAAGUUGCGAGUUAGGCCAGUGGCUCACAAGGUUGACAAAGAGUACAUAGCCAAGUACAACAAAGCUUUGUCACUCAUGAAAGCUUUGCCCGACACUGAUCCGAGGAGCUUCUCGCAACAGGCUGAUGUUCAUUGUGCCUACUGCAACAGUGCCUACGAUCAGACUGGCUAUCCUGGUGUUGAACUCCAAGUUCAUAACUCUUGGCUCUUCUAUCCCUUCCACCGCUGGUACUUGUACUUCUACGAGAGGAUCUUGGGGAAGCUCAUCGGUGAUCCGACUUUCGCUAUUCCUUUUUGGAACUGGGACCAUCCCGACGGCAUGAAAAUGCCGUCCAUGUUUACCUCCGAUACAAGCUCCGCGCUCUAUGACGUGAACCGAAGCCCAUCGCAUCAGCCUCCCUACGUGAUCGAUCUCGAUUACAGCCCGUCACAAGACGCCGGAAAACCGGCGAAGCCUUAUAAGCAGCAGGUGGACGAGAAUCUCACCACGAUGUAUAAGCAAAUGGUGUCUGGUGCCAAUACACAGUCGCUUUUCUUCGGUGGCGACUAUAGGGCCGGGGAACCGCCAGAAAACAGCCCCGGUAGCGUAGAGAGUAGACCCCACAUACCCCUCCAUAUUAUUUGUGGGAAUGAGAAUAACAAAAAUGGCGAGGACAUGGGGAACUUCUACUCGGCGGGACGAGAUCCGUUGUUCUACUGUCACCACGGCAACGUCGACAGGAUGUGGAGUCUUUGGAAACAGCUACCGGGGAAGAAGAAAAACGAUAUCACCGACCCUGAUUGGCUUAACGCCACGUUUUUAUUCUACGACGAGAAUGCGAAGCUCGUGCGUGUUAAGGUCGCGGGCUGCCUCGACACUAAGAAGCUCGGCUACGUCUACGAACAAGUCGACCUUCCAUGGCUGAAAAAGAAGCCAAAGUCAAAAAAGGUGGCAAAAUUGGCUGUUGGAGCAGCAAUCGCUGCCGAGUCGACCAAGGGCCUGACCCCGCUCUCCGCUUUUCCCAUAGCGCUGAAGAAGGCGAUAACGGUGAAGGUGCCAAGGCCGAAGAAGGGGAGGAGCAAGGCGGAGAAGGAAGAGGAAGAGGAAAUAUUGGUGAUUGAGGGGAUCGACUACGACAAGAGUACGGCUGUGAAGUUUGAUGUGUACGUGAACGACGAGGAUGAGGCUGGGCCGGAGAAGUCGGAGUUUGCUGGGAGCUUUGUGACGGUGCCACACAACACAAAGAACAAGGAGAAAACGUACACAAAAUUGAAGCUUGGAAUAACAGAGUUGCUGGAGGACGUGGGAGCUGAUGACGAUGAAGAUGUGUUGGUCACUUUGGUGCCCAAAUCUGGUAACGUUACCGUUGGUGGUGUUAAGAUUGUUUACGAAUAUUAAAGAUUAAGAUCCAUUAAUUAGCAUUAUCAAUCUCCAAAACGCUGUGUAUGUUGGGCAUGUGUACUUGUCAUAAUCGUUCUUUUGGGCGUGGUUGAUAAAUAAUUGUUUCUUAAAGAGUUGUGUCAAGUGGAGCACUCAGGCGCUAUCGCUGUUCUGGGGUUGCAUUUGUCGACUUUUUUUUCUGGUUGGGCUGCUUUAUUUUUCAGGUUUGUCUUGUGUACCAUUAUGAGUACUAACUCUGCCUUUUACUUUCAGCAGCGUGCUCUAGAUAUGUUGCUUGUUUGGCAACGGACAUGAAUAAAAGUUGUACUUCCUGAUUUUUUUUCCCUCCA